GUGUAGCAAUACUUCUCAAGUUCUAAACAGCAGCCGCAGGCGACAAGACAGCGCGUGUCGCACUACCAAACAACUGUCGUAUAAUCCGGAGUCCUACGCGCAUGCAAAGCAGGUGGCCGACUCUCUCCAUUCGUGGGUCCGUCUAUCUCAGUACAGAGUGGAAGGAAGCGUGAGAAAGUUAAGAUUGCCGAAGUCGAUGUCGAACCUGCCCCAAUCGCUCUCCAUGAACGCGCCCUUCGGAGGUCCGAGCGUGUCGGUCCCAAGCGCUCCCGGUGCUCCGGCGAACAAGGACCGGAAAAUGGCCUCGGCCGAGCACUUGGUCCUCGACCUCAGCAACCCUGAACUCCGAGAGAACGCUCUUCUCGAACUCUCUAAGAACAAGGAAUUAUUUCAAGAUUUGGCUCCUUCCCUGUGGAAUUCUUUUGGUACUAUUGCUGCACUUAUACAGGAGAUAGUUUCAAUAUACCCCGUUUUAUCACCACCAAAUCUGACUCCUGCACAAUCAAAUCGAGUUUGUAAUGCUCUUGCCCUUCUUCAGUGUGUAGCCUCUCAUCCAGACACAAGGAUGUUGUUCCUCAAUGCUCAUAUACCAUUAUAUCUGUACCCCUUCCUUAAUACAACAAGCAAGUCAAGGCCGUUUGAGUACUUGAGGCUGACUAGUUUGGGUGUCAUUGGUGCCUUGGUAAAGUUCUGUACUUACUCCCACUUGUGUGGGCCUCUCUCUCUCUCUCUCUCUCUCUCUCUCCCCACAUGCGGUGCACACACACACACACACACACACACCCCUACUCACCCACUCACAUGGACCAGGAUAAAAUUAAGUAUCACGGUUGAUGAUACAGAAGUUAUUAGCUUCCUUCUCUCGACAGAAAUAAUUCCAUUGUGCCUACGCACUAUGGAAAUGGGUAGUGAAUUGUCAAAAACAGUUGCCACAUUUAUAGUUCAGAAAAUUCUGUUGGAUGAUGUGGGCUUGGAUUAUAUUUGUACCACCGCAGAACGGUUUUUUGCAGUAGGUCGAGUUUUGGGGAACAUGGUUGCUGCCCUUGCUGAGCAACCCUCAUCCCGUCUGUUGAAGCAUAUUAUUCGAUGCUAUCUUCGAUUGUCAGAUAAUCCAAGGGCUUGUGAUGCAUUAAGAAGUUGCCUUCCCGACAUGCUAAGAGAUGCUACCUUCAAUGGUUGUCUUCGGGAAGAUCCCACAACAAGGAGGUGGCUACAACAGUUGCUUCACAAUGUCGGAGUAAAUCGGGUUCCGGCUCUUCAAGCCGGGGGAGGAUUUGAUCAUAUGAUGGUGAACUAAAUCAAAAUUAUGCAAUGCCCUUAAAGACUUUUAAUCUGUUUUCUUCUUUCUUCUGCUUUAGAUUAGGCAGUACAGUGAGUUGCGCAAUCCAUCUUUUAGCAGCAAUUAGCAAAAGUCAUACUUCCUGUAUGAAAUUACUGAACUUGGGAUGAAACACGCAAAAAAAGCCAAUUUGGUCGUUCUUUCAUGUAUCCUUAAAGUUUGUUUAGGAUUAAAACGUUUUUUGACAAUAUAUUUUGUGAGUGUAGGGGGUGGAGCUAUUACAAGUAAGAUUUUACUUGC